AUGGCGAUCCUCCACAAACCAAGCUUCCACUUCCAGAAGGCCACCUUUGAAAACCCCUUCCACCGGUCCCCGGAGGAGAAAAACGAGACCUGGAUCAAGUACAUCUUCGACCCCCAUGUGACCGUAGUCACCACCAAGACCCACGACCACUCCAACAACAAGGCCGACGGAGCCAAGGAGAUUGAGACCAUCAAGCAGUUCAUGGACAAGAAGAUGCUCUUCUUUGCCUGGAUCUCCCUGAUGCUGGUCUCCACAGUGGUGGCUCUGGAGCGAGGUACCACCUCCACCUAUGCUGCUGUCGCUACCUCCCAUUUCAACGAGCUGGGUCUCUUGUCCGCGGUUGGAGUUGUGCGAUCUGUUCUUUACGCCGUCACUCGACCCACCAUUGCUAAGCUGGCCGACGUGUUGGGUCGAGUCGAGGCUCUGGUGCUCGCCAUCAUCUUCUACAUCAUUGGCUUUGCCAUGCUGGCGGGAGGCUCCAACAUUGCCACCUACUUUGCCGCCCACAUCUUCUACGUGUCUGGCGAAGUGGGCAUUCAGUUCAUGGAGGCUGUUUUCGCUACCGACACCUCCAACCUCCGAAACCGUACCUUCUUCCUGGCCCUGCCCAACUUUGCCUACGUCUGGGCCUCCUGGGUAUCGGCUCCCAUCGCCUCUGGAGUGCUCAAGAACUCCACCUACCGAUGGGGCUACGGAAUGUGGUGCAUUAUCAUGCCCGUGGUCUCCAUUCCUGUGUGUAUCAUUCUGCUACGACUCAAGUUCAAAGCCCGAGCCAUGGGUCUGGAAUACGGAAAGGCCGUGCGAAACUUCCGAGGCACCUUCAGCCAGUUCGACAUGGUUGGUCUCAUUCUGUUCACUGCUGGACUCUGUCUUCUCUUCCUGGCAGUCACCCUGGCCACCUCUCCGACCUCCUGGGGCCAGGCCCACAUUCUGGUCAUGAUCAUCAUCGGACCCAUCCUGCUGUUCAUCUUCCCCUUCUGGGAGAUCUUUGGACCCAAGUACCCGUUCAUGCCCUCCUACGUGAUUACCAACCGAACCAUGUUCACCACCUGCUUGCUCAUCUUCUGCUACGCUCUGGCCUACUUCCUGUACGGAACCUACUACCUGCCCUGGCUCAUGGUGUGCAAGAACCUGUCCGUCAAGGCAGCUACUAACACCGUAAACGUCUUUGUGGUCGGCUCCACCGUCUCGUCCUUCUUUGCUGCCGCCUACGCCAAGUACUUCAAGCGAAUGAAGCCUGUCAUUAUCGCCGGAGCCGCUAUCUACAUGCUGGGUAUCGGUCUGACCUACAACUACCGAAAGCCCACCCACCGUCUUUCUCAGUUCAUUGUCUCGCAGUGUGUGGAGGCUGUUGGAGCCGGCUUCCUCCAAACCCCCAUGAUCUCCAUGAUCCACGCCGUGGUGCCCCAUCAUAACGUGGUCACAGCCACCGCCAUUUACCAGUCCAUCAUGACCGUGGGCUCCAUUGUGGCUGAGGCCAUUGCCGGUACCCUCUACCGACAGUCUUACCCCAAGCAGCUGGCCAAGCACGCGCCCUUCCUGUCCCCUCGAGAGGCCCACCAGGUGGUCAACAACCUCAUGGCCCCCAUCAAGCUGUACCCUUGGGGCACUCCCGAGCGAGAGGCCAUUGUCACCGCCUUCAACGACAUUUACCGAAAGCUUCUCUACCCUCCCAUCAUCAUUGCUGGCUUCAUUUUUGUCGCCGCCUUCACUCUGCCCAACGUCUACCUUGGUGACACCGACGAGCCCACUCAGUCUGACUCCGAGGUUGACUCUUCCUCCAUUGACGAGAAGAUCCACCCCCAUGACGAAGAGGCUCAGUACGAGCAGCAUCACGAUAUGGAGGCCUCUACUUCUCCCGAAAACAUUCCUCAGAUCUCCGAGGGCAUGGAGGAGGAGAAGAAGAUGUAG